CACAAUGGAACACUUAUUCGGUUUGUCCCAUGAGUCAUGAUCACUUCCUCCUCUCGUUGCUGCACCAGCAACCUUGGACAUGGACUUGAAGCUCACUCUCUACGGUUCCAUUCCAAACCAGUUAGGACAAGGCUUCUAUUUCUCAGAGUCCAAUUUCAGGGCAUUGCACUUUCCUCAAUCAGAACCACCCCUUCUAAACCCACUUGCCACUUCAACACUUACAACGCCAAAGAUGGAAACUUUAGGCAAGAAGAUGAAGAGGGUGAACGUGAGGUGCAUUGUGAGGUUCAAGUAAUAUCGUGGAGGGAACGCAGAGUUAAUGGCCAAAUCUACGUCAAUGCUGACACUGAAUCCCUUUGGAACGCUCUCACAGAUUAUGAACAUCUCGCUGAUUUCAUACCCAAUCUUGUGUCCAGUGGGCGAAUUCCUUGUCCAUAUCCCGGAAGGAUAUGGUUAGAGCAAAGGGGUUUCCAAAGGGCAAUGUAUUGGCAUAUAGAAGCUCGUGUUGUGUUGGAUCUUCAAGAAUUCAUCAAUUCAGCAUGGGAUCGAGAACUUCACUUUUCCAUGGUUGAUGGGGACUUUAAGAAGUUCGAUGGCAAAUGGUCCGUAAAAUCUGGAACAAGAUCGUCAACAGCUAUUUUAUCUUAUGAAGUUAACGUGAUACCGAGAUUGAACUUCCCAGCUAUUUUCUUGGAAAGGAUUAUCAGAUCUGAUCUUCCUGUGAACCUUCGAGCUUUGGCUUACAGAGCUGAAAGGAUUUUUGCGGGAAAUCAUAAACUUCCACUGCCAGAAAAUCACUUGUACAAAACUUCUGUGGCUAUUAAUGGGUUACCUGUCAAAAUAAUAAAUGGUUCUUUGUGCGAAAGUGAUAAGUUGCCUCCUGCAGAGAGCAAAAAUGAAUUUGCCAGCUCAGUUUCUGGUUCCAUGCCCACAUCUUCCAGUGAGGUGAGCAGCAACUGGGGUGUAUUUGGAAAAGUUUGCAGACUUGACAGACGUUGCAUGGUGGAUGAAGUUCAUCUCCGCAGAUUUGAUGGACUUCUGGAAAAUGGAGGUGUUCAUCGCUGUGUUGUUGCAAGCAUAACAGUGAAAGCUCCUGUACAUUUAGUAUGGAACAUUAUGACUGCCUAUGAGACUCUUCCUGAGGUAGUUCCAAAUUUAGCAAUCAGUAAGAUUUUAUCACGAGAUAACAAUAAAGUCCGCAUUCUUCAGGAGGGGUGUAAAGGCCUUCUUUAUAUGGUGCUCCAUGCUCGUGUUGUGUUAGACUUGUGUGAACAUCUAGAACAGGAGAUCAGUUUUGAACAGGUUGAAGGGGACUUCGAUUCAUUCCAGGGAAAAUGGAUUUUUGAGCAAUUAGGAAAUCAUCACACACUGCUAAAGUAUUCUGUGGAGUCAAAAAUGCGGAAAGAUACUUUCCUUUCUGAAGCCAUCAUGGAGGAGGUCAUUUAUGAAGAUCUUCCAUCAAACUUGGCUGCAAUAAGAGACUAUGUUGAGAACAGGAAUGCAUCAAAAUCUUCAGUAAUUUUUGAGCAGAAUACUAAUUCAGGGCGAAAAAUUGUUUCAUCUGGCUUUCAAAAAGUCGAUGACUUUGGUUCAGCUGAGGGAGUUUCUAAUUGCAAUGAUCGAUGUGAAUCUCAACAAAGGUCUAAAGUUCCAGGCUUACAGAGGAAUAUUGAAGUACUAAAAUCUGAACUCCUGAAAUUCGUUGCAGAGCAUGGUCAGGAAGGAUUUAUGCCAAUGAGGAAGCAACUUCGUUUGCAUGGAAGAGUGGAUAUUGAGAAGGCUAUAACUCGCAUGGGUGGAUUCAGAAAGAUUGCAACCAUAUUGAACCUUUCUCUGGCUUACAAACACCGCAAACCGAAGGGUUACUGGGACAAUCUUGAGAAUUUGCAGGAGGAGAUAAGUCGAUUUCAAAGGAGCUGGGGAAUAGACCCUUCAUUUAUGCCCAGUAGAAAGUCAUUUGAACGUGCAGGGCGCUAUGAUAUUGCGCGAGCACUGGAAAAGUGGGGUGGACUACAUGAGGUUUCUCGCCUUCUGUCCCUCAAGGUAAGACAACGAAGCAGACAGAACACACAUUCCAAGGAUAAGAGAAUCGAUCAUAUAGCAUCACCUGAUGUUGAUGGUGAGAUCAAGACACCAUCUAAACCAUGUAUUUCCCAAGAUGCACAAAAGUGGCUUACAAAACUACAACAGUUGGACAUACAUUGGUUUGAGUAACAGUGGGAUGAGGUAUUGGUUUAAGUACACACGUGUGCUCAUAGUUCCAUGAUUCUCCUAUAAUCUCCAUCAUGCAAUUCACGUUGGCCUUUUCUUGGUUUCUUUCACAUGCCCGUCUAAAUUGGCUUUGAGGGAAGUAGUUGUAAAUAGUAGCAUUCAUUUCACAGCAGCUUAGGUUUCAGCUCCUCAAAGUUGCUGAAAUGCACUUGGUUUCUACUAAUGAAAGAUUAUUUGUGUGGAUUGAUCCUUCAAUGUAAGUGAAAAAUUAUAGUUGGGUUUGGGGAGGAGAAAGGUGGCUUGGUGGAGCUUGGAACCUCCACUAUCAACAUCACACUUCAUUCUUAAGACUUUAGGCCAAUGACAAUGGAGCUGCAAGCUCAACUAUUCCAUUCUUGUAUUUUCUUUUUAAUGUAUAAAAGGAAUGUAUAUAAUACUACCCAAACACGAAUUUAGCAACAGCAACUUAUAUGUACAACUUGAAAAUGCAAACUUUUAGACUUUUAGUAUGUAAUUGAUAGUACAUAUAUACAGUUUAAAGAGAU